CAUGUCAGUGUAAGCCAGGCACGGAAACUGAGGCUUUCACAGGUAUCGACCCCCGGUUCCCGGAGAUCCCGACACCUUCCGAUUCGAGGCCGCCUCCCCCUUCCACUCCGCCGCACCACCACCGCUCCCACGCUAGUGCUCCGGCGAUGGACGCGGCGGCGGCGGCGCUAGGGGCAGCACCCGGCCCUGGCGUUCCGCCCCCGGGCGCGGCCGCAGGGGAGCAGCAGGCGGCUCCCCGCGUCGAGCGGCUCAGCGCGGGGGUGCAGCAGCAGCUGAACCUUGAGGGGAUGCGCGCGCGCGCGGUGGGGCUGUACAAGGCCAUCUCCCGCAUCCUCGAGGACUUCGACGUCAUCGCCCGCACGAACCCCACCGCCUCCCCAAAGUGGCAGGACGUCCUCGGGCAGUUCUCGAUGGUGAGCAUGGAGCUCUUCAACAUUGUGGAGGACAUUAAGAAUGUGUCCAAGGUGUUUGUAGUGUACCCCAGGAACGUCAAUGCCGAGAAUGCUCCAAUACUACCUGUAAUGCUGUCAUCAAAACUGUUGCCUGAGAUGGAAGUUGAGGAAACUACAAAAAAAGAGCAAUUAUUGUCUGGAAUAGCAAAUCUACCUGUUCCUACACAGAUUGAAAAGAUAAAGGUUAGAAUAGACAUGAUUGGGAGUGCAUGCGAAACUGCUGAGAAAGUAAUUGCUGACUGCCGUAAGAGCUAUGGGCUAGGAAGUCGUCAGGGGACAAAUCUUGUUCCUACAUUGGACAAAGCUCAAGCUGCAAAGAUACAGGAGCAGGAAGGCUUACUUAGAGCAGCAGUAAAUUAUGGUGAAGGAUUACGGAUAUCGGGAGACCAGAGGCAGCCACAAUCUCUUCCUAGCCAUUUAGUGGAAGUACUUCCUUUUGGGGAUGGGGCACAAAAUGUUGGUGAUAAUUCUGGUGGCUAUCCCAAAAGUUCCUCAACAUUUGCACCUAGUAGUGUCAACACCCAGGGAAAUCCGAUUCAGGCACCUGGAGGGCAGUUACUUGGAAGACCUGCGCCAUCACCUGGAGGCACAGGAACCCCUAAUUUUGAGAAUGUGUCUACUCCUCCAAUGCCAUAUGCUAACUCCCCUAGGUCUGGCACCAAUAUGAUGAAUACCCCUUCACCCCAGCAGCAUCUAACACCACAACAACAGAGGCAGAAGCUGAUACAAGCAUCUCAACAGCACCAAUUGCAUGCUCAACAGCAGCUAAGGCCAUCAGCUGCUGGGAUGUUAGCACAGAGCGCACUUCCUCAGCUACAAGAUUUACAGGGGCAGGCUCAACAAAAACUACAGGUCCCUGGUCAACAACAAAUGCAGUACAACCAAGCCUUGUCACAACAGUUUCAUAACAGGCAGAUGCAGCCUGGACGUAUGCAACCAGGCAUGGCUCAGAGUCAAUUGAACCAAGGAACUCAGCUACGAAGUCACUUGGGCCAGUUUGCUGGACCUGCAAAUAGUGCAAUGUUCACUGCUGCACAGGCUCCAUCAAACUCACAAAUGAUGGCAAAUAUGCCUGGAACAAUGCAAUCACAGUCGCUUAUGCCUCAAAUGCAGUAUGGUAUGGCUGGUGGGCAUCCACAAAGGAGUCAUCCAUCCCAAAUGCUGACUGACCAAAUGUUUGGUAUGGGAGCCACAAAUAGCAGCAUGAUGGGAAUGCAGCAACAGCAGCAAGGGGUAUACGGGAACAUGCAGGCCGGUGCUCAGAACAUGCAACAGGGCAUGGUAGGACUUCAGAAUCAGGCACAGAAUCCCAAUUUCCCUCAGCAGAGACAACAGAACCAGCAAUGAUCAACAGCUAACGUCAAUUUGCUAGAGCAUGGGCACAUGGGGACAAUUGUACACACCACAAGAUAGAGCAAGAGCUACCAGUCUACCACCAAUUCCUAUUAAUCUGUGUGUCAUUUAUAGUUGUCAAUGACUCAAUGUUAAGUUGAUAGCCUUUUUUUUUGGCUGUAAAUCGAUGUAGAUGUAUCACCACUGGUGAGAUGCAGGCCAAGUGUUGCAUAGCAUGAUACAUUCUGCGUUGUGUUUGUCUAAGAUAUCUGCCUGCUGGUGUAUCUCUUUUGUUGGAAUCGCCUAACGUGCGUGCCUGUUGUUAAACUGCAUACGGCUAUCAACUACGAUCCAGUUCUCA